AUCACUGCGUCGUGUGUCAAACUGAAUUUUAUCAAAUAUCAGUCAAAGAAUAUGACGAUUCGUACAUCAUCUAAAAGGACAACGAAGUUGACGGUCAGCAAGUAAUUCGUUUCAGGUUAAAAGCAUGAUCAAUUCGAUUACGGAAGGACUACCCAGUAUUGGCCUACCACAAGGAGAUGGCAGUAAUUUGUUGGCCCCAUCAUCGCUGGUAGCAGAAAAAUUUUCUUCAUUACCAUGGCGACGGUUGUUCACCGUCUUGGGCAACCGAUGUUUUUUCACAGAACUCUAGCAACCGAUGCACCUUUCAGUCAAUUGUUCCACCCGUGUCACCGGCGGACCCCGUUCCGAUAUCACCCUUCGCCAGUUUCCAGCCCAAAGCCUCAAAUAGCAUCAUUGUCGAAGAUGACUAAAUUUCUGAACCAUAACGAAAAGAGAUCUAAGUUUAAAAGUUGGGUGGUAAGCAAAUUGUUUCGUAAAGAAGAAUCGUUGGUGGUGGUCAUGUGUCCUCACCUCUCUGUGCCCCACCGUGGAGCCGGAGAGCGCAGACUGUGAUAAUAUUAGUGACCAAUCGUAAUUGUAACUCCGAGACCGAGCAGUCACACAUUAGAUGUUUCGGCCUGUUCUAUUCGUGGAAGUAUAUACUUGCCUGAACGCGAUGGUUCGAAAUCGCUCAGUGUUGGAGGAGCAAAAGUUGGUGAUCGGCGUACCAGUCAUAAUUUCGUGUUUAAUGAUAUGAUCGAUAUACGGUCGUAUAUAUCUCUAAAAUCGAAGUAAUAUUUCGCCGUUCGCGCGAUCCGGAAGCUAUCGGUAGCAGUGCGAGAAAACUUCUUUGGUUACGGAUGCGUUUGCGGGAAGACCUUGAAAUUUGACAAUAGCAGUUAACAGCAGAAACAGUUUCUUUCGUCAACCUGGCAGGUUACUGGGCGAUGGAGCCAGGCUGUGUCCUUCGACGUUGAUACGCUACAUUCGGGAUGUGGGAUGCGGUCGGAGGAACUUGGCGAAUCGAAUAUAGGAUUGUAUGGACAUUGGAAAACUGGCGAAGCGCGGCCAGAACCUGCUGCACACGACCCUCGGAAACGUUUGCGGACAUUGUCAUGAGGAACGUGAUCACAUCCGGACAGAAUAUUCGAUAUGCGGUCGUAUAUUUCGCAAAGUCGAAGCCAUGUCGAAAGUAUUUCGCCAUUCGCGCGAUCCAGAAGCUAUCGGUCGCAGUGCGAGAAAGAUUCUUUGGUGACGGAUGCAUUUACGGGAAGACCUCGAAGUUCGACAAUAGCAGUUAACAGUAGAAACAGUUCCAGUUGUCAACUUGGCAGGUUAAUGUGUGAUGGAGCCAGUCUGUGUCCUUCGACAACGUCUCGAAAUGAUUCAGGCAUUCGGUCGAUGUGUAAUCAAGGAACACCAUCCUGAUCCCCUGGCAGCAUGUCUUCAGCAGUUGCGCAAGCAGUCGGAUCUUCAACUGAUUCGUUGUGUACGCGAUAAUGCACGCAGUCAGCGAAGCUAUCUCGUGAAACCACCGCUUCUCCCAGUCUCGCUUCGGUUUAAAUCUCGACAAAUAGAGCACGAGUUUCGGUCGAAAGCUCAUCGCUUUGGAAAUGAAUCUGAGUUGGAGGGCGGUCCUCCAACACUAGCCACUCCCAAGUACAACACCUACCUAGACAUUCUCGUUUCCUUCCUGGUCUAUCUGGUAACUUCUACUUCCUUGUUUCUUCUGUCUCCUUCGGCAUACUUGGAAUCGUAUAAAGUAUGGGUUUGUAUCUUUGUUGCCUUCAGUACGGUCCAACUGUUUGCUCUAUUUAUUUGCACUAAGCCGGUCUGUCGGAGGGCACAUAAACCGGCCCGCACAUCGCGGACAGCCGUCAACCGAAGCUGCUAUGACACAAUCCUCCGGCUCAACUGGUACCCGUGGCACAUUUUUGGAGGAAUUCUUAUGUCUCUUCCGGUGGUUUCGAUUUUAUCGAACUUUGCAAUGAUGGAUGCCAGCAAGUUUCGCAUUUUCGAGUUUCAUUACGGCUUUCUGAUGUUUAUUUGCGUUACUCAUUUUUGCAAUUUUACGCAAUUGAACUGCUGGAUGCGGAACUGCUUGGCACUGGUGACGUCCAUCUCGUUUGAUGGGAUUGUCAUUGGGCACAUGUGGGAGUUGAAAAAAGCGAACGCAAUGCUAGGUGACACGAGCGAGUCGGUGUUGAAUGGAACGGUGUUUAGUUCCAGCCAGCUGCAUCAAGCUCAGUUUGAUUGGUUUAACGAUUACCGGGUUGAAAUAUACAUGGAUCUGUUUCUGCUGCUGGUUUUGGUGUGGUUUUUGAAUCGGGAGUUUGAAAUUAGCUAUCGGUUGAGCUUUUACGGAAGUGCCGUCGCGAACCAGGAUAAGAUUCGUGUGCAGAACAUGAAGAAUCAGGCGGAUAUGCUCCUGCAUAACAUCAUUCCAUGAGAAACGUGAUCGGGCUCAGACAUCCGGAAUUCACACACUUCACACACUGGACAUCACUGGCGAAGCGAGGUCUAAAACAGCUACACACGGAGAAAUGUAUCCGGCCAAGGAAUUCGGAUUAUUAACCUAAAGCG